ACCAACUGUGCUCCUCGGCUUACCUUGUGACUUGAUUUAUGGGGUAGAUUAGUUAGCUGCUCGUACAAUCAGAUGGUACCUGGCUAAGAGCACCGACAAUGUUUCUUUAGCGCAUCUAACCUGAAGCGCAAAAUGCGAUGCUAUCUCCACGCAUUUCUCCUGUGCGUGCUCCUCAGCCUCCUCUCGCUGCUGUACGUGUUCAGCCAGCUCGCCUCCACCCUGGAGGACGCGGACGGCUGGGCUGCGGGACAACACGGGGUACCCGACCGGAGCGGGCACGAGAGCGGCCGUCUUCUCAGGAAAAUGCCGGGACUGGCAGGCCUCCGAGACCGCGAAGACAGGUGUAAGUCACUAUCAGUUUCUUACUGGAAUCCCUAUUGGAGACUGCCUGCUGAUGUUUGUGGAGUGAACUGCUUAUUGGAAUCAUCUCUUAGUCGGAGGUCAGGCUCUUCCGUCAAGAAUCACAGUGACGAGAGGAGUCACCUGGCUGUGGUGGCCUGUGGCCCCAGGCUGGAGGAAACUCUCACUAUGUUGAAGUCUGCCGUUCUCUUCAGCAAAAAGCCUCUGCAUUUUUACAUCUUUGCUGAGGAAGAACUACACAACAACUUCAGAGAUGCUCUGGCAUCAUGGCCUCGAACAGUUCAGGCCAAGUUCAACUUCACCGUCUACCCCAUCACUUUUCCCGAGGACAAUGCAAAAGAAUGGAAGAAGCUCUUCAAACCUUGUGCCUCUCAGAGACUCUUCCUGCCACUAAUCCUGAAAGAGGUGGACUCCUUGCUUUAUGUAGACACAGAUAUUCUUUUUCUGCAACCAGUAGAGGACAUCUGGGCCCUGCUCUCUCAGUUCAAUUCAAGCCAGUUAGCUGCCAUGGCUCCAGAGCACGAGGAGCCACGUAUCGGCUGGUACAACCGUUUUGCCCGUCACCCGUACUAUGGCAAGACAGGCAUCAACUCAGGGGUCAUGCUCAUGAACAUGACACGCCUCAGGGAGAAAUUUUUCAAGAAUGACAUGACAGCAGCUUCACUGCAGUGGGAGGAAAUUCUGAUGCCCCUUCUCCAGAAGUAUAAACUCAAUAUCACAUGGGGUGACCAGGACCUUCUAAACAUCAUAUUUCAUCAAAACCCAGAAAGCCUAUAUGUGUUCCCCUGCCAGUGGAACUACCGUCCAGACCACUGCAUCUACGGCAGCAACUGUAAACAGGCUGAAGAAGAAGGUGUCUUCAUUCUCCAUGGUAACAGAGGAGUUUAUCAUGAUGACAAGCAGCCAGCAUUUCGAGCAGUCUAUGAAGCCAUACAAAAGUACCCAUUCGGUGAGAACAUGGAGGCUUCGCUGCUUCAGCCGCUGGAGGCGUCGCUGCAGACAACCACACACACCUACUGUGGCAGGGCCAGCCACCUGUUUACCAAGAGGUUAAAACAGAGCAUCAUGUCUGUUCAACAGGACGCCACAAAAAGAAGAUGAUGGGGUCAGCAUUUCCGUGAAAAGUGCCUAAUGUCUCUCUGUUAGCAGAGACCUAGAUUUGAGUUACUCCUGUGGAGACGAUGAGCUGGAUGACAGACUCAGGUCAACACCGAACCAUCAUUUGUUUACAAGCUUCAUAUUAAGACACUGGAAAAGGAGUUGGAUAAGCUGCAGAUCAGGCUUCAGUUUUUAAGUGUUGAUUCAUAUCUGUCCAGUGAACUCACAGUCAGGUCCCUAAUGAUUUCUUACAAUGGUGGAAAAUGCACUGAAUCCAGUUUUUGGACUUGAUUGCAGACAAGAAAGACAUUUUCCUUUAUUCCAGACAAUCAGGUGGGUUUUUUUUUUUUUUGUAAGACAUAAUCUACGCUCACUUUGUACAAUUGUCUAAGGAUUUUGUGGGAGAAAAAAAAAAGAAAUCCAGAGUUAUCAAGAGUAUUUUAUUAGAGGUUUAAUAUAAUUCUGCCAACAGGUUGUGUUUUCAUGUUGUUUCCCUGCAGUAUAUUACAUAAAAGGGUUGUUUCUAGGUACGUGAUAGGCACAUGAAAAUGUUCCGUUUUAUUUAACGCAACAUGUGCUCAAUGACGAUACUUUAAACGUAUAGAAUCUGACCAGUAUUUAUUGUUGUUGGACAUCUGUGAUAAGAAGCACUUUUUAUGUCUUAGCCUCAUGUUAAAUUCUUAUGUUACCAUUUCAUGUACUCCAAUAAGGGAGUUUGCAAUACUUUCUUUUUUUACUGUACAUUAAAUCAAUCGUUUUGGUAACUUUACCAAUAAAACCACAUUUUCCAAUAACUGGUAGAAUGUCAUAAAGAGCCGUUAUUUUCUAAUUAAACCAGCCAGCGUUACAAUAUCUGCUCUUUGAUGUGUGUGUGUCAAAACAUUUGCACAACUGAUUUCAGGAUUGUGAGGACACAAAGUCGUACCUGUGAUUUGAGUGUUUUGCUGUAAAGAUGGGAUAAAUAUUUAAACACGUGGUGGAUAUUUUAUUAAUAAAAACAUUUAUAAUGAUA